CACUCGUGGAAUCCUGAGUCGUGUCAGUGCUCCGGCGGACGCGAUCGCGCGCGAGUGUGUCGUUCAGUAACGUUGUUUCAACGCUGGAAGAACGAAGUGAACGGAGAAAAGGGAGUAGAAAUACUUAGAAGGAUCUACCCACAGGUGCGUGUUUCCGGUGUAGUGAACGAGCAACGAAGAACAACAGGGACACGAGUCACAGCGAUAAUCAGCACUAUAUUUCUAACGUUAAAAACGAGUCACGCGCAAAAGUAAAAUUCUGCUUCGCGUUUGUUGUGAUCUUUUAAUACGUUUUCAAGAAUCCGACCUUCGUUCCCAGAGGUCGCGGAGCUGUAAGAAUGUACUAGGAGAACCAUAGAAUUGGAAACUAAAGUAUAAUAGUCGGACGAAGAGUAUGUUCUUGGAUGUCGACUUCUUCGUUGAAAAUUCUUCUGUGUGCUAAUAAUAAUAAUAAUCUUCCGAACGAUUCCUUCUUUUUAAUGAAUCGUUAAGAAGAGUACGUACAAUUAGUAGUUGAAAUUGAUAGCUUUAUACGUAUUGUCCAUUUUCCGUCCUUGGCGGCUGUUACUACUGAAUUUCGUACCGAUACGCGAUCUACGACACGCUUAUCGAUCGUACCGCGUUUCCAUUGUGUUCCUCGAUGCAUAAAAGUCUCGUUGAUGAAUCGUCGACGUUAAACGUGUAGAAAAUAUUUCGCGAGAUCGAAAGUCUGACGACUACCUUAUUUACUCGAGGUAGUCGCUAAUAAUUCAGUCAUUGUUCUUAUUUGUUUGAUAUUAAUAUUCAAUCAUAUCGUUGCUCUGUCGUAUAUGAUUGCGGCGUUUCGUUUGACUCGCCUGUAACUCACGUUCGAGACACACGUGUCUGUGAUUUCACGCGACGGAAACGUAUCACUGGCAACGCCUUCGAUACUACGUCGAGCCUUCCGGCACGUCAACGGAGGAAUUUACUUGCUCGUGGGACCAACAUCGCCAGCUAGACGUUUUUCGAAGAGAAAUCUCGGCGGUGUCUGUGCAUCCGGUAAACAGGUUAUGCGUGGUCGUGCUCGACAAAAACUCUGCCAGGCUUAGUCGAAACGUUCGAAUAAGCUCAUUGUGUUUAUGACUCGUUCGGUGUCGUGAAUUACGCGUGACGAUGUGCGAUUGAGAAAUCUUCGCUGAAAUUUGAAAAAUAUAAACAAGCAUCGUGCCCUUCGCUCGAGAGAGUGCAUCGUUAUAUGUAUGUAUGUGUAAUACGGAGUGCAGAAGUCGCAUCGGUUAGGUCGUUCGAUAAUCCAGUGUGUUCGGCAAAGUGAAAACGUGAAUGAUAAUUGGCGAUAGACGAAACAGCGAUUCGAUAUUCACGUUUGGUGCGUUUAAUUAAAGGCUUGUUCUUUCAUCGAAAGAAGUACAAAAGUGAAAGAAGCUACGAAAAGAAGGAGGAGAUAUUCGUGGAAAGCUGCGGACCGUGAUAAGAAACAGAAUUUUUGAAGAAGUAUUUGUGACACGUUCGUUGAUAUCCAGAAGAAUACAACGAUUUAUUCGGCUGGCUUGCUUCAAUUCUCGUCCAUUCGCGUCUCCAGAAACAGCUGUCGAGAAUUUCGAGUCAAUGAGAUCGAAGCAGCGGGACGCGAGCUGAAAACGCGCGGCUGCCGUCGUUGAAGGCUACUUAAAACGACCAUUGAGCAUUCGUCAGGGUGCUCGAAUUACCCACAACAGGUGGCUCGCAACUCCGCCAAUACGAGCGCAACAUCUGCUACUCCGGGCGGCUUGUGGGAGUGCAGCAAGUGCCUGGACGAGAUGCGGCUGAUGCAGAGGCUGGCGAUCAGCGGACUCCUGUCCGUGAUACUGAUCGUCCUUCUGACCGGCACGUUCGUCACGCGUCGCGACUUGGCGAACGUCAUCGAACGUGGUGUGGCGCCUGAAGAACGAAACGAACAACAAGUAAAUCCAGCCUGGGUACACAGCAACGUGGUCCCGGGCCAGGAUGAGCCGAAACCCGAAGAUAAGGAUCGACGACCGGAUUUCAAGCAUAGACAGGUCGAGCCAUCCGCGGUUGGACCCCCGCCGAUUUCUGUACCCGGACCCUACGUCAUUAGACCGCCUAAUCCACCUCUGGAUGACGUGACUAAUCAGCGCCGCGAGAAGAUCAAAGAGAUGAUGAAACAUGGCUGGGACAACUACGUGAGGUACGCCUGGGGAAAGAACGAGCUAAGACCAAUCUCGAAAAGGGGCCACAGCGCUAGUAUCUUUGGUGCUUCAAAUAUGGGUGCGACCAUCGUCGACGGCCUCGACACCCUGUACAUCAUGGGUCUACACGAUGAAUUCAAGCAAGGCCGUGACUGGAUCGCUGAGAAUCUCGACUUCGAUAUCGUGAGUACAUAGUUUCCUCUUUUAUUU